AUGCCUGUAAAUCUCCUCAUGCUAGAAGAAUUGGAAGAAAUUGAAAGGCAACGAAAUCUGCGUGAUUUUAAUAUCCAAAGGAGAUUGAUGCGAAAUAAUUCAAUCCCAUUCGAAUUAGACGACAAACACUUUAUUAGUACAUUUCGUUUGUCAAAGGAACUUGUGCAUUUUUUAAUUGAACAUUUGGCACCACACAUGAACGUAAAUCCACAUCCAAAUAGUUUAAGUGCAGAAACUAAAAUAUUCACAGCACUUUUAUUGUAUGCUACUGGAAGCUAUCAACGAUUAAUCGGACAAAGUUACAAUAUUUCUAUAAGCCAGUUGUCGGUUUCCAAUUGUGUAAAGGAAGUAUCGCAACUUGUAUAUACUCAUCUACGGAAUGAAUACAUAAAAUUUCCAACAACAGCUGUAGAAAAACAAAUUGUUAAACAACAAUUUAUGGAAAACACUCAAUUCCCUGGUGUAAUAGGAGCAAUAGACUGCACUCAUAUUCGAAUCCUUGCACCUUCAGUUGAAGAGCACAACUAUGUUAACCGGAAGGGAUUUCAUUCGAAAAAUGUACAAAUUGUAAAUAUUUUACUUUAA